CGACCUGCAGCUGACAGCUACUCAGCAAAGAAAACCAGGAAGCCUUUAGCUUGCGUCAUUAGGAUCGCCUGCUUUUUGGCCCGCCUCCCGACCCGUAGACGCGCAAAGUGCGCGCGAGUGACUCGCCCAUAAAAGCCCGGCUCGGAGCGUCCGGCCGCCGGUGUCGCUUCCUGCUUGGGAAGAAGCUCUUGGCGGAGCCACGAAGAUGGCGUCGACCAGCCGUUUGGAUGCUCUCCCAAGAGUCACAUGUCCAAAUCAUCCAGAUGCAAUUUUAGUAGAGGACUACAGAGCCGGCGAUAUGAUCUGCCCUGAAUGUGGCUUAGUUGUAGGGGACCGGGUUAUCGAUGUGGGAUCUGAAUGGAGAACUUUUAGCAAUGAUAAAGCAACAAAAGACCCUUCUCGAGUUGGAGAUUCUCAGAAUCCUCUUCUGAGUGAUGGAGAUUUGUCCACCAUGAUUGGCAAGGGUACAGGAGCUGCAAGUUUUGAUGAGUUUGGCAAUUCUAAGUAUCAGAAUCGGAGAACAAUGAGUAGCUCUGAUAGAGCAAUGAUGAAUGCUUUCAAGGAAAUCACAACCAUGGCAGACAGAAUCAACCUCCCUCGAAAUAUAGUUGAUCGAACAAAUAAUUUAUUCAAGCAAGUAUAUGAGCAGAAGAGCCUGAAGGGAAGAGCUAAUGAUGCGAUAGCUUCUGCUUGUCUGUACAUUGCCUGUAGACAAGAAGGAGUUCCGAGGACAUUUAAAGAAAUAUGUGCCGUAUCUCGAAUUUCUAAAAAAGAAAUUGGCCGCUGUUUUAAACUGAUUUUGAAAGCUUUGGAAACCAGUGUGGAUCUGAUCACAACUGGGGACUUCAUGUCCAGGUUUUGCUCGAACCUUUGCCUCCCCAAGCAAGUACAGAUGGCAGCAACACAUAUAGCCCGCAAGGCUGUCGAGCUGGACUUGGUUCCUGGCAGGAGCCCCAUAUCUGUGGCAGCGGCAGCUAUUUACAUGGCUUCCCAGGCAUCAGCUGAGAAGCGGACACAGAAAGAAAUUGGAGAUAUUGCUGGUGUUGCUGAUGUUACAAUCAGACAGUCCUACAGACUGAUCUACCCUCGGGCUCCAGAUCUCUUCCCUUCAGACUUCAAGUUUGACACCCCAGUGGACAAAUUACCUCAGCUAUAAGUUGAAGCAAUUAAGUGUCAUACUCUAAUGUACAUGGAACUUUAUACAUAGCAUACAUUGUGCUGGUUGAGCCUUUAAUGAGGAAAAAGAUGGUACGCAUUCCAGAGCUAAAUAUUAUUACUUAGCAUUCUGUAUGUAUAUAUUAGUGCAACAUAUUUAAUGAUUUAAAUUUCUUACUGAAUCUGCUUUCUUUUUUAGUGAUUAGGAAACAGUAUUUUCGAAGAUAUUAAACUAUGUAAUUCUCAAAUAAAACAUUUUUUAAAACUAAAGUUUUUGUUAUAACAAAAAUUUAUAAUUAUAAAUUCUGUAUAUUAUUACAGGUAAUAGAGCUUAGAAAGCUUUGUUUCCCAUCAUUUUUAUAUUUAUGUUCUUGAUUAAGUCAUAGAAAUAGCAAAAGCUUGAGAACCAUUGUUAACAUCUACAACACAUUUUAUAGUCUGAGUAUCCAAACCACAGGCACACAUAAGAGGUUGUGUGAGAGAAGUAACGAGCUAGGUCUUGAAAAGCAUCAAACCGUGAGGCAGUGGAAACUUGUUCUCAAUGAGCUUGUAAGCAGAAAGGAUGAUGAAAUAAAGGCAGACCAACUGAUUAAAAUUUAGAAUGUUAAUAAAUCAUUUUA